GGAUGCAUUGAGAUGGUGGAAGUUAGCUUGCCUGCUAACCCUCAAGUUGUUCACAUCCCUGCAGGGUUUAUCUGCAGCUUCAGACCAAGAACCAGCUGGUCAACUAUGUAUGCAUGUGGUAACCUGAGUGCACAAUACGUGUAGAAUAGCAUGCACUAAGAUGAGAAAGGAACAAAAGUGACUGUUUGGAGGAGAAAAUGUCCCAGGAUGCAACAGACAGUACCUCAAAACACAUGGCCCUUCAUUCAGAUUCACAUAAGCAGAGCAUCCUGAGCAAAUUUGACAAGCUCAGGAAAAGCGACCUGCUGUGUGACAUCACUCUAGUUGUGGAAGACGUGCACUACAAGGCCCACAAAGCCCUGCUGGCAGCAAGCAGCGAGUACUUUUCCCUCAUGUUCACGGCAGAAGAUCAGAUCGGUCAGUCGACCUACCAGCUGAAUGGCAUGGCGGCUAAGAUGUUUGCAGCGGUGCUUGAUUUCAUCUACAGCGCCCAGGUGUCGGUGGAGCAGAGCGCCACAGAGCAGCUUCUGGCCACGGCUCGUCUCAUGGAGGUCAACGACCUUGUCAAGGUGCUCACUCAACUCUCACACUCUACUGCAGCGAGUAGAAGUGAGGAGGUAAAGGUUGACAGUGCUGUUGUGCCAGAUCUGUUGAAAUGCAAAAGAGGACGGCCAAAGAAAAAUGUGCAUGGAGCAGAGUUGGAUGGGGGAAGUGUGACAUGUGACAGCUCAGAGGAGGGGUUGGCUGGAAAUAUGGACCAUGAUGAUAUAGUGAAGGAGUCACAUACUAAAAAGGAUGCAGAUUGCAAUUUAGGAACCAACCAGAGCAGGAAGAGCAAACGCAAAAUCAGGCCACCAGUGAAAUACAAGAGCUACAAGGUGGGCAUCGACCCAGCGGGGGGUGAAGAGCCUGUGAAGAGAGGCAGGAAGAGGAAAUACCCAAACACUGAGCCCCGAUGUGAGGACUGUGGCAAGGUGUUCAAAAACCACCUCUUUUUAAAGAUCCACCAGAGGACUCAUACAGGAGAGAAGCCUUUUCGGUGCCUGGUUUGUGCAAAGAGUUUUACCCAGAAGCACACUCUGCUGGUUCACCAGCGCAUGCACACCGGAGAAAAGCCGUUCGUGUGUACCGUGUGCUCCAAAGCGCUGUCCACCAAACACGCUCUGCAGGAGCACAUGAACCUCCAUGAAGGAGGCAAAUCUUUUAGCUGUGAGAAUUGUGGGAAGACCUUCACUCAGAAGAGGCAACUUAAAAGCCAUUACCGAGUUCAUACAGGCCAAUCUUUACCAGAAUGUGCUCAGUGUCAUCACAAGUUCAUGGACACGGCUCAGCUGAAAAAGCACCUGAGAACUCAUACAGGUGAGAAGCCGUUCACCUGUGAGAUCUGUGGGAAGUGUUUUACAGCCAAGAGCACUCUGCAGACUCAUAUCAGAAUUCACAGAGGAGACAAGCCGUACGACUGCAACAUCUGCAACAAAUCAUUCUCGGACCCCAGCGCGAGACGACGACACGUCGCCUCUCACUCGGGGAAUAAACCGUUCACGUGCUCCUUCUGCAGCCUCUCGUUUACGCGCCUGGACAAUCUGAAAACACACACCAAAUCACACAACAAGGAAAGAGGCGCCACAACCGAAGCAUCAUCGGAUGCGGCAGUAGAGGUAGCGGACGCCGCGGCUCCACCAGAGGAAGUACGUAGCAUCCUGCAGCUGCAGCAGUACCAGCUGCCCCCCAGCUCUGAGCAGGAGAUCCAGCUGGUGGUGACGGGAGACGUGGACGACAUCGACUUUGUGCCGGGUCAGAACCAGGAGAUCAGCAUCAUCACCACAGAGGGGGAGACGGCGGACUCGGCCCACUCCAGACUCACCCUCCUCACCCAGUCAUCGCACCAGAACGUGGCUCUGGUCACUCAGGGCGGCGUGGUGGAGCAGAGCCCCCACAUCCAGACACUCAGUGUGCUGGAGGGCCAGAUGACCCACCAGCCUGAGCAGAUGCAUGUCAUCACUCUGAGUAAAGAGGCGAUGGAGCACCUGCAGGCCCAUCACGGCCCCCCGCAGCCGCUUCAGAUGGCGCAGCGACCCGUCCAGCAGCUGCAGGUGAUGCACCAGCCGAUCCAGGGUCAGCUGAGCAGGGAGCAGCACAGCCAGGCCAUCCACAUCAGCAGCCAGAGCAGCCAGCCCAUCUCCAUCAGCCAGACCAGUGAGCAGAUCUCCAGCCACCACAUCCAGGGACAGACGUUCCAGAUCCAGGCAGGGACCGUCUCCUACCUGUACACCACCGGGCUGCAGCAGGAGAGCUGAGACUGAUACCGCUGCUACCGUUCAUUAUCAAUGGACGAAUACAUUAUUACUGCAAAUUAUAGAUGUUUAAAUUUUUCUCCAAUCAUUUCCCAAAGAACACCAAUGAUUUGUCUUCUUGUCAGUACACAGUGAGUAUAUGACUGUGGUGAAUGAUAUCUUAACAUAUAAUGGAUAAUAAAAUGCUUUUUUGAAUGACAAAUGAUUUUAGUUAUUAUAUAUUAGCUCUGAAAACUGCAGAACAUACUAUCUCCUGAGAUUCAAUAGUGAAUCAAC